CAAAAGACAAUCGGUGACUUUUGGAAAAUGGUGUGGCAGGAGGAUGUUUUCGUCAUUGUCUGCUUGACCAACCUAAAAGAAGGAGGAAAGAACAAAUGUGCCCAAUAUUGGCCAGCUAUUUACGAUAAAAUCCAGACUGGGUCCAUCAACAUAAGACACCUGGAAGAGAGAAUAUAUGCUAAUUAUACAAUACGACGAUUUAAAGUACAAAACAAUUUGAAGAAAAAAGACCGUGAGGUGUUGAUGUUUCAUUAUACGAGGUGGCCAGACCACGGAGUUCCUGAUCCUCUCAGUCUCGUUGUGUUUCAUCGCCAGGUGAUGAAAAAGUCCCCACAAAACCUAGGGAAAUACACACUAGUACACUGCAGCGCCGGAAUCGGGAGAACAGGAACGUACAUUGCCUUAGACGCCCUCUACCGGGAAGGGGAGAGAAAUGGUAAAGUUAAUGUACCGAUGUACGUCAGGACAAUGAGAAAAGACAGAAUGAACAUGAUACAAGGCGAUGACCAGUAUAAGGCAGUUUACCUAGUUCUUUGUGAAUCGUUCAAUGGGAAGUCCAGAUGCCUAACAACAGAGUCAUUUUUACGAGAUCUACAAGAACAGUCUUGUUAUAGCAACUGUCGAGAUGUUGCAGGAAAAUCGUCUUUUUCAUCAGAGCUUCAGGAAUUACUAUCUCUGCGCAAAGAGUAUACAGAAAAGGACUAUGAAUCUGGAAGAAAAUACAUGACUGCAAACAACACUGAAGAAGUCCUUCCAGUGGAAGAAUUUCUUUGCUAUCUGUCAUAUACAAAGGGACGCAACAACUACUAUAACGCUGUUCUACUUCAGUCCUUCACAGAAAACGACAGUCUUAUCAGCGCUCAGUACCCACUUCCUGAUUACACUGAAGAUUUUCUCAGACUCAUCAGAGAUUUUGAUGCUCGUGUUGUGGUUUUCAUGUGUCCACUAAAGGACUUGAAAUCCUCAUUACUUUGGCUUCCAUAUAAAUCUGAACACAAAACCGUUGGGAGUUUCUCAAUCAAACUUUCAUCUUCAACAAACUCUACAAAUUUUACGUCGAGAAAUAUAAUUCUACAGUCAGAGGGAUUAAGAACCAUGGCAACCACAGUUCUAGAAUGCAAGGCAUGGAAGGAAAACAGGAUGAUAAAUGACAAACGAGCCUUACUGGACUUAGUCAAGGAAACAAAGGCUACAAAACUCAAGCAAAAAGAAGGGAAAAUUCUUAUUCUAUCCAGUGAUGGUGCCACACGUUGUGGAGCGUUCUGUGUGGUUUAUAACGCUCUAGAACAACUAUCUAUGGAUCAGGAGGUGGACAUCUUCACUAUCACACGGCAAUUUCAAGUUCGUAGACCCGAGUUUGUGUCUACCUUGGAGGAAUACCAGCUUUGUCAUGAAGUAGUGGCAGAAUUCAUACAAAAUGAUAGUGUGUAUGCAAAUUGCUAAACAAAUACAAGAUCUGCUUAAAAACAGAUGCCUUUUUUUCAAAAUAAAUGUACCACUUCUUAACUUUGUGCUUGUUUCAUUAAUCUUCCAAAAGGAAGAAUGAAAUACCAAAACCCCCCGAGUACAAUGAUUUUUCAGUGAAGACAAUAAUCAGAACGAUUUAUGAUGAUUAAGAAAACUUGA